AUGACCUUCGCCUGCUCCGCCCCUCCCCGGUAUCUGCUGCUCCUCGUCUGCGGGGCCGCGACCUACUACUCAUUCCCGUCGCUCGGCGACGCGCUGCAAAAGAGGCUGUCGUUCCAGCCUUCCAGGUACGCGCCGCUGCCGGAGGACCUCCAUGGCACCCACGACGUCCACUCCUGUGUCCUGCUCCAGCCGGACUCGCUGCCGGAUCCCGGCCGUCGUGGGCGCGCUCGCUUUGCCGAACGGGGUCGCGCUCAGGCCGCUCGGGUCCCCCAACGGGAUCGCGCUCACUUUGCCGAGAUAGUCGGUCUCCAGCAGGUGCUCGACGUUGAUGCUAAGAGGAAGGCCGUUAUCAGUGCAGGCAGCGAUACGUGUCUUGGAGCUCAAGGAACAUGGCCUCACGCUGCUGAACUUCGAAUCCAUCCAUUCAGGAGAAGCAGGAGCAUGGCGUUCGUUCAUUCAGCGCCAGAGCAACGCGCUGUGGGUGCCUGCCACGAGUGUGACGUCUUUCAGAAGUACAUCAUCCCCUCCCCCAAGAUGUGCACCAAACAGAUGCAGAAGUUGUGGAUCACCAUGCAUGAGGAGGCCGUCAAUAAGGAGGCGGCAGCCGGCGACGUGGUGGACCUGCCCACGCUGCUCGUCGCUGGGGAAGCAACUUCAUCACCGAGUUUGUCGAUGGGGAUUGUGCUCCGUCGCGUGCGUUCUUCAGUGUUCAUGGGCCAACGCUUGUCAAUCAUCUGGACUGCAGCCUGCGCACUCAACUGA